CUCCAGUGGCGUCUCGACCGUGUUGGACGAAAGAAUAUUACCUGUCUGGGGAACCCGUGUGAUUGGCUAUGGUGUUUCUUUGACUUCUGUUACGAAAGCCAUCGAAGGGUAGCAAUGUGUCUCAAAGUAAACAGACCUAGAUCUUGAUAGAAAGUGGUGUGCUGUGAAUCCGUAAAAUAAUACUUCAGGAGAUAGAAAAGGAAUAUUUUAUAAUUCGAAAGGAGCUUCAAGUGAAAUUCCCUGCUUCGGGAGGUGAGAGGCAACAGGGGACUGAACUCCAGGAUGCCGCCACCUAUGCCUAUGCAGAUGCCCCCCGGGGAGGACAGCGAUGCAGAAUUUUCAGAUGACGAAAAUAUCCCCCUCAAUCAGGAUAUCUACGGAGGAAGCCGCCGCUCCGUUCAAGAGACCAAAAAUUGGGAUGUGUUCCGAUCGCUGCCACCAUCCACGGGUUCUCUGUCCGAGGACAACCAGAAAUUCUUGGAUGUCACCAUCAAGAUCCUUAAGGUCGUCACGUACCUCCUGACGUUCGGCGUCGUGCUGGUCUCGGGAGUCAUCACAAAGGGCCUAGUCCUCCUCAUGACGUCACAGCUCAAAAGUUCCAAAAAUGUCUCCGUCUGUUCCAACAGAUACUCCAGUCUGCUAAACGAAAAAGUUUUUAAAGCUAGCAUUCCGGAGGAGGAAAAUGUCGUUUGGGCCUGGAUGCUUCUCUUCUGCUUCAUCGUGCCCGAAAUGGGCACUUGGUUCAGAUCGACGAGAAUGUGUGUGUUCAAGUCUUGGAAAAAGCCCUUUUUCGGUGAUUUCUUCUGGGUGUGGAUCUUUGAGACCUUCCAUGCUCUGGGAACAGCCCUCCUCAUGUACAUGGUUCUACCAGAUCUAGAUGUCAUCAAGGGAGCUAUGCUUACCAACUGCGUCGCUUUCAUUCCUGGUCUUUUUGGUCUUCUGUCUCGAACAAAGAAAGAAUCCCAUGUUGCACUGAAGGUGAUUAUGGAUUUGGUCGCGUUGGCUUGCCAGCUCACAGGAUUUGUUGUGUGGCCUAUUGUAGAGUACGGGAAGGACCCCAAUAACUACACAGUCUGGGUUAUUCCAUUUGCAAUCUUCCUGACGUCAUUUGGAUGGUGGGAGAAUUAUGUUGAUCGUCAUUCAAAAUUCAGAAUAAUAAAAUACUUUGGAGGAAUUAAGGAGCGGUUAUGGAAAACAAGAUAUUUCUGUUAUAUUUUUGUAUCCCUGUGGAAAUGUCUGAUUUUCUUUACCAUGAUGGUCAUCUGCAUGAGCACCCGUCUGGAGCAUUUCAGUACCAUAUUUGAACUCGGCGAUGCUUUCAGCGCUCACAAAAUUAAUUAUACUGAGGUUCGAGAAACAAUCUCCGGGAAUGUCAUACCUGACUUAAAUGAAGUAGCUCCUUUAAACGAAGUUAUAUCAAUUGAUUCACAACCAGGGACACCCAUCUACGUUUUCCUGAUCCAAGUUCUUACUGCCUGGCUAUGCUAUAUUUUCGGUAAAUUCGCCUGCAAAAUCUGCAUUCAGGGCUUCAGCUUUGCAUUCCCUGUGAACCUGACAAUCCCUGUUUCCAUUUCUCUGCUCAUCACUGCUUGCGGAUUGAGAUAUGAGAAUGUCUGCACUUUUGCAUAUAUGCCAGCCUAUCUUUUCUGGGAGUGCAAAGAUGGAGAUAUCCUUAUUGAUUUCCUAAAUAAUGAUUAUGCUUGGAUAUGGCUAUUUUGGUUGUUGUCACAAACAUGGAUCACACUGCAUAUCUGGACUCCAAAAUGUGAACGUCUAGCAUCGACUGAGAAAUUGUUUGUCUCUCCAAUGUACAACUCCUUGUUAAUUGACCAGUCGCUUGCCCUGAACCGCCGCAGAGAUGAUGAAGGAGAUGUUAAGACAGAGGAAUUGAAUCUUAACCCAGAUGAACACGAAAAUGAGGUGUCACAGUACUAUGAGACAAUCUCCAUCCACACGGAUUCAUCCAACACAAAUGCAUCAAAAACCAAGUCGUCGGAUCAUAUUGUUCGCAUCUAUGCUACAGCAACUAUGUGGCAUGAAAAUGAAGAGGAGAUGAUGGAGAUGUUGAAGAGUAUUCUUAGGAUGGAUGAGGAUCAGUCUGCCCGCCGCGUGGCUCAGAAGUACCUGAAAAUUGUUGAUCUUGAUUACUAUGAAUUUGAAACUCACAUUUUCUUUGAUGAUGCCUUUGAAAUAUCUGACGAAAAUGAGGAUGAGAAUGUAGUAAACCAGUUUGUGAAGCUACUAGUGACUUUAAUGGAUGAUGCUGCAACCCAUGUACAUCAGACAAACAUUCGUAUUAGGCCACCUAAGAAAUUCCCCACACCCUAUGGAGGCCGUCUUGUUUGGACACUCCCUGGAAAAACAAAGAUUGUUGCUCAUUUGAAAGACAAAUCCAAAAUCAGGCACAAGAAGAGGUGGAGCCAGGUGAUGUACAUGUACUACCUACUUGGGUUCAAACUUAUGGACCAACCCAUAUCAGUGGACAGAAAAGAAGUGAUUGCUGAGAAUACCUUCCUUUUAACUUUAGAUGGAGAUAUUGAUUUUACUCCUAAUGCUGUUGCCCUUUUGGUGGAUCUUAUGAAAAAGAACACUAACCUAGGUGCUGCUUGUGGACGUAUUCAUCCUGUGGGUUCUGGACUCAUGGUGUGGUAUCAGAUGUUUGAGUAUGCUAUUGGUCAUUGGCUGCAAAAGGCAACUGAACAUAUGAUUGGGUGUGUACUCUGUAGUCCUGGAUGUUUCUCACUUUUCCGUGGAAAAGCCCUUAUGGAUGAUAAUGUCAUGGCCAAAUACACAACAAAGUCCAGCCAGGCUCGCCAUUAUGUACAGUAUGAUCAGGGAGAGGAUCGAUGGCUUUGUACACUAUUGCUUCAGAGAGGAUAUCGAGUAGAGUACAGUGCUGCUUCAGAUGCCUACACUCAUGCUCCUGAAGGUUUUUCAGAAUUCUACAACCAACGUCGACGAUGGGUCCCCUCAACUAUGGCUAAUAUCAUGGAUCUUUUGCAAGAUUAUAAGAGAACUGUUCAAGUUAAUGAUAAUAUUUCCCUUCCAUAUAUUUUCUAUCAGACUAUGUUGAUGGCUGGUACAAUUCUUGGCCCCGGUACAAUCUUCCUUAUGUUGGUUGGUGCGUUUGUGGCUGCUUUCCGUAUUGGUAACUGGCUUUCAUUCCAGUACAACAUUAUUCCUAUUUUCCUCUUCAUGAUUGUUUGUUUCACACUGAAUUCUAAUAUCCAGAUUUCCAUCGCGUAUGUCCUUUCGGCUGUAUAUGCACUGGUAAUGAUUGUUGUUCUAGUGGGCAUGAUGCUUCAGUUUGCAGAAGAGGGAUGGAAUACACCAACAGCUAUAUUCUUUAUGGCAACAGCUGGAUCCUUUAUAGUAACAGGAAUACUACAUCCAAAGGAACUCUUUUGCCUCCCAUGUGGAUUAGUAUAUUACUUACUCGUGCCAUCUAUGUAUCUCCUACUUGUUUUAUAUUCCUGUUUCAAUCUCAAUAAUGUCUCAUGGGGAACACGAGAAGUUGCAGUUAAAAUGAGGAAAAAGACCAGAGAGGAACUUGAAGCAGAACGCAAAGCAGCAGAGGAAGCUAAGAAAAUGAAGAAGAAAGAAGGAUUUCUUGGCUUCCUUCACAGAGAUAAUUCUGCUGAUGAAGAUGAGGGUUCUCUUGAAUUUUCUUUUGCUGGGCUUUUCAAGCUUAUGUGCUGUGUACAUCCAAAGCCUAGCAAUGAGCAACAGCAAUUGGCCAGUAUUGCCAACUCUUUGGAAAUCCUCAAGAAACGUUUUGAAAAUAUUGAAUCACAUAUGGGUAUACAACCAAGUUCUCGAAGGCGCUCUACAAUUCAGCCACGUAAUUCCAUGCGUCCAGAUGGUAAUAACUCAGUCAAUGAAAAUCUAGAUGAUGAAUUUAGCGAUAGUGAAAGUGAACGGUCAGGGCCAAAAGAGGAGAGAGAUGAUCUUGUGAAUCCAUACUGGAUGGAAGACAAAGCUCUGAAAAGAGGAGAAGUAGAUUAUAUGCCAGGUGUUGAGGUACAGUUCUUCAAGGACCUUAUUGAAAAAUAUUUGUAUCCCUUGGACAAAAAUGCGAAUGAACAGAAAAAAGUCGAGGUGGAGUUAAAGGAACUGAGGAACAAAUCCUUCUUUGGAUUCUUCAUGCUGAACGCGCUCUUUGUCCUCAUUGUAUUCCUUCUUCAACUGAACAAGGAUAACCUUCACAUCGACUGGCCACUGGGCAUCAAGGAAAACAUCACCAUUAUACCAGAAACUCAGGAGGUACUCAUCAGUCAAGAAUAUCUACAACUGGAACCAAUUGGUCUUGUGUUUGUGUUCUUCUUUGCCCUCAUUUUAAUCAUUCAGUUUGUAGCUAUGUUGUUCCAUCGUUUUGGUACCAUCUCUCACAUUCUUGCAUCCACUGAACUCACCUGCUGCAAUAAGAAGUCAGAAGAUGUCACAGAGGAUGCAUUUAUCCAAAGGAAUGCUGUUGAUAUUGUGAGACAGUUACAGAAACUCAAAGGUAUAGAGGAUGAUUAUGAUAGUGAUAGUGCUAAUGAUGGGCAGCUAGGAAGACGCAAGACAAUCCAUAAUCUGGCACGUCAUGCUCAAAAGAAGCAGGCCAUUGGGACACUGGAUGUGGCUUUCAAAAAACGAUUCUUCAGUAUUUCAGCUGAGGCUGCUGAAAAUGGCAAUGUAGCAGAAACUCCGGUUUUGGGCAAUAUGCGGAGACUGAGUAUGCGACGAGAGACUAUCAAAGCAUUAGCUGAGAGGCGUGAAACUGUUGUCCAGGAGAGACGUCAGUCAAGGAUGCAAACACUUGGAGCAAAGAAGCCACGAACAAGAACUUCAAUUGCUUCAGAGGCAGACAACCAGCGCGUGUUCACUCCAACUGGUGGUUCUAUCAACAAUGCAUAUGAGUCUGAUACUGAACACCUUGGUGGGGGGUCUUCAAUUAGAAGUGCCAUGAGAUACCGAAAUGCAGAAGAAAAUGUUUUAUAUAAGCCAUAAUUUAAUAUUUUGCUCAUUUUUUCUCUAUCACGAAGUAUCGAAAAUAUAGUAAAUCUCGCCUCUCCUUAUUGAAUGUACAGCAACAGUUUACAGAACUUUCAUCCGAGCUCAUAACAUGACAAGUUUGAGUAUAUUUGAUGCUGCAACCUUCUUAGUUUAAAAAGUAGCAUCUUUAUACUGAGAGUAGUCAAUCACUAUUUUCAUAACAAAAACAUGAUUAUACCUUCAGUGUUAAUUCCCACAACUUUUAUAUACAAAUGAAGUCAUUAAAUACACGGUUCUUUUAAGGCUAUUUUCUUGGCUGUUUUGCUUAAUUCACAGAAAUCAGUAGUAGUAAGAAUGUUUUUUUACCUCUAAAUAUCAGCUUUUAGUUAAAGACAAGUCUAUUUUGAAGGGUAUUACACAGGCAGUUUGUCUACAAAAAUAUUCUACUACAAAUUUUGUUUGUAUAGUAGUGAUUUUUUUCUGUUAAGUACUAUAUCAACAAAAAUGACUGAUGUUAUAUGAAGUAUUUACAUUACUGUAAGUAAGACAUUUAACAAAUUUUCAUAUCAUAUUCUACACAGAACACUACCUGCAAAGUCUGAUAACAAAAUACACAUUUUAAAGUCAGUAGAGCAAAAUACAAUGCUUUUUGAUUGUUAAAGUAGUGCAAUUAUAUUAUUAAUGAUUUUAUGCAAUCAGUUUUAAUCUGGUACUAAGUAUAAAGAAAGAAUCUAAAUACUGUAGAUAGAGCCAAGGGAAUUUUACUUUAAUCUGUGAUUUUCAUUAUAUUACAUAAACAAUUUUAUUAUUCCUGUUGAUUCUUGUGUGAUUAUAAUUUUUCAUAAUCACACUAACUUUUCUUAUUCUGUAUUACAGCUGCUACCACGCUGUUGUAAAUGAUAUGUAUAAUAACGUGUAUAAAAUAAAUAUAUAUACAAUUUAAA